AUGGCCGUGCUCAACCCGACCGUCCGACCGCUGGAGCCCCCGGCGGGCUCCAAGAUUGACUUUGGUGCUCAGAUCGAUAGCAUCGAUCUGGAGACGUUGACUGACGAGCAGUUUGCCACCGUUCGCGACGCGCUGUAUCGUCAUCACGUCAUCGUGUUCAAGAACCAGCACAAGCUCUCCCCCAAAGCGCAAUACGAGCUAACUAAGCGUUUCGACCCCGCGGCAGAGAGCUAUGGCCACGGCAAGACGAUUGACGCCAAGCGAAGCAUCCUCCAUCCCGAUCUGAAAACCAUUCCCCACCAGCCACAAGUGCAAGUGAUCGGAAAUGGCUUCGUUCCUUCGUACGAAGGGCUGGAGAAUAUCCAGCUGAAACAUCCCCAUCACCGAACUUUUCACAAGGACCACAUUCCUGACGACAAAGAUUACGACUUCACGCGAUUCUAUCGCUGGCACAUUGAUGCGGCCCUCUAUGAUCUAUAUCCGCCCCAGGUGACAACGCUGUUGGCGGUCAAUGUACCAAAGGGUCGCCACCAGACACUUCUGUAUGAUGAUGGAACCGACGAGACCAUGGAUGUCCCGCUCGGCACGACCGCUUUCGUUAGCGGCCAGCAGAUGUACGAGGGUCUAUCGCCAGAGGACCAGGAGUUUGUACGGACGAGCAAGAUUGAAUAUGCACCUCACCCCUAUAUCUGGAUGAGCCCUGCCCACUCAAGGUCCACUGGCCUCGGUCUGCAUUCAGAAGGACUCGAGUUACCCGAGUCAGAACUGCCUCCCAUUGACAAGGAGAAGAUCAUGAUUCUUCCCAUGCUUUGGAAAAACCCUGUUACCGGUAAACUGGCGAUGCAGGUGCACCCGUCCGCCAUCCGCCGGAUUCAUUGCGCCGACGGCACCGUGAUUGAUGACCUGGAGCGCGUGCGUGAAAUCAUCUACAAGUUGCAGAGGCCGGCGAUCAGCCCCCAAUAUGUGUAUCCGCAUGACUGGGAGAACGGUGAUCUGGUGCUCUUCAACAACCGAGGUGUGUUGCAUUCUGUCGUGGGCGCCUUUAAGCCGGAUGAGGUGCGCCUAUUCCGCCAGUGCAACCUGGCUGCCUCAGAGCCUCCUGUGGGACCUUGA